AUGUUAAGAAACAACCUACCCACGCCGCCACUAGCCAACCAGCGUCCGUCUGCACAUCGCGUCGGGCCGCUGUUUGCUGCACAGCUCCGCCGCAUCUUCAUCCCGGCGCGUUCUGCUGACCUGCUUUUCCCCGUGAUAUACGAUUAUUCGGAGGUGCUUCCUUUGAGCAGCAUCUUCGUUGUUGACGACNNAGACAAACUGGCUCUACCAUCUAUCUCUCACGUCCAGUCGCGCGGGUUCGAAGAUCAGUGGUAUCAACCAACCAACGUAUUGCAAGCCACUUCCACUGCGGAGCGUUUGCCUGCCCUGUCCCAACUCCAGACCUUCCCGUCUGUGGGUUCUUCUCCAAGAGGAAGCUCUAUCGCUUCAGCAGAACCUGUUUGCGGUACUGACACAGCUACCUCCUAUUCAUCCUCCUUCCACGGCGCAUACAGCACCGGACUCAAGACNCCCUCGCCCGAUCACACUCCCGCCUAUCGCAGAGAUAGUGUUCAAUCCGGACUACACGGCCAAUCGAUUCCCAUCACGAGUUACGACCACAACAGCACUUCUUGUAUCAGCAUGAACCAAACCCAGCCUUACAUGGACGUGAGCCAGAGUCACAUGUCUAGCAGCAUCCCUUCUUCGGCUCCCCCGCCAGGCCUCGGCCAUUAUGCCAGUUACCACCAACCGCAGCCCAUCUCGAGCCAGUCUCACCCAUAUGGUUCAUCACCUUCAUCCUACUCUCAAUACUACACCAAUGGCCUCGCUCCUCUCCAUCACCCCUCGGCAAGUAGCUUAGGCUCGCAAAUGGUCCCUCAAUCACAACCGCCCCUUCCCAGUAAGUUUUGCGCAGAAGUGAUCUGUCUCCGAAAUGUCGCUAACCUUGUUUUCAGCNNACUUGCGAACAGCGUAUCACCUAGUUCAGCACAAGGCCAAUACUCUGGUGCUACAUUCGACACAACAGGACAGGUCGCGCCGCCUGGCAUGAAGCCUAGAGUGACUGCGACUCUCUGGGAAGAUGAGGGAAGUCUUUGCUUCCAAGUCGAGGCAAAUGGCAUCUGCGUGGCCAGACGCGAAGACAACCACAUGAUCAACGGAACAAAAUUGCUGAACGUGGCUGGCAUGACGCGCGGUCGUCGCGAUGGUAUUCUCAAGAGCGAGAAGAACAGACACGUGGUCAAGAUUGGUCCUAUGCAUCUGAAGGGAGUCUGGAUUCCAUUCGACCGUGCUCUGGAAUUCGCCAACAAGGAGAAGAUCACUGAGAAACUCUACCCUCUGUUUGUGCACAACAUCGGUGCUCUGCUCUACCACCCUUCGAACAGCGCCAGCCGUACUAUCGGUGGUGCUACUUCGCUGGUUCCUGGUGAACGUAGACGUCCCGAGGAUUACAUGAGAGCGCCCGUAAGCCAGUCCCCUGCCAUGCCUCACGCUCACUCGAUGGCUAUGCCUCAACCGCCGCAUUCGCUUGCUCCUCAUCCCAAUGCCGGAAGACCCAAUCUGGACAGAGCUCACACGUUCCCCACUCCUCCCACGAGCGCAUCCAGCAUGAUGGGCAUUGGCAGCUCAGAAGGUUCUUACCAGUGGAGCGCUCAGCCUCCUUCUACAAUGCAGCAGCAACAGCCUUCUCAACAACCCUUAGCUAUUGACACCAACAUGAGCAACAGAUCUGUGCCUACCACUCCCGCUACCACUCCUCCUGGAAGCGCCAUGCACAGUAUGCCUCCUUACCAGACCAGCCAAGCAUACGACAAUGGUCGUCAACUGUACUCGGCUCCCUCGCAACCAUCUCAGUACGGCCCUCGUUACGGUCAGCUUCAGCCCAGCCCUUACAUUAAGAAUGAAAUGGCUCCUCCGGCUCGUGCUGGCGCAGAGGCCGAUCAUGCGAUCGACCAGAAGCCCCAAGAUGGUUACACUAACCACUCUGGUGCUCACGACGAUGCCGAGGGUGAACACGAGGGCGAAUACACUCACGCUUCUGGACCUUAUGGUGGAAACCGUGCUUCAUACGCUUACGCCACACCUGCCACAACUGCUUCAUUGCACAGCGAUCAGACACACAUGUCCUCAGACAUGACUGGCUCGCCUCAUCACAAGGCUUCUGGCGGUGCUACUCCUCGUACAACUAACAGCUAUCACGCUGGAUACACCACGCCUCAGCGCCCUCAGCAACUUCAGUCCAACCUUUUCAGUGUCAUGAGCGAUAACCGUCCCAAUGGCUCUGAGAUGUACGGUCAGCCUGGUCAUGCCUACGGCCAAGGCUAUCAAGCUGUGAAUGGUAUGCAGAAGCGCAUGCGCGAUGACGAUGCCGACGAUCGCUACAACGAAGACUCGGACGGCCUCAAGCGAAGAAAGACAGUACGCGAAGGCAGCGCAGGAAUCGGACGUCCUCGCUCCGUCCUAGCUGGGCACCGAUAA